CAUUUUUAGAAAUUAAUUUAUAAUUUUUAAAACAAAAUGAUUUAGGAAUAGGAAAUGUGAUCCUAAAAGUAAUCUUUUAUUGUCAUUUGUCCUUUCCAAAAAGGACUUUUUUUGUUUUUUUUUAGUAUUAUUUAUUUAUAGUUAAUUAAGUUAUAUUUUUUUAAGUAUGGCUGCUCAUGAAGGGCUAGAUUAUGAUCCAGCAGAUGGACAUUAUUCUGAUGUUGUGUUAACCAUUAGAAUACUUAUGGGAAAGGAAAUCCUUCCACUUAUUGGGGAGUAUGGAGAAGUUGUCAGAGAUCUUCGAAACCAAUCUGAAGCUACAAUUUCUAUCACAGAUAGCUCGACUCCAGAACGCAUAGUCACUGUCACUGGCAAUAUUAAUAUAAUACAAAAAGCAUUUGCAUUAAUUACAAAAAUUUUAGAACAGAAUUCCCCUUCACACCUUCAAAAUAAUCGAAAACAAUCAAGUAAUAAUUCUACUACGUUAAAACUUAUUGUACCUGCCUCUCAGUGUGGAUCAUUAAUUGGAAAAGGAGGUGUAAAAAUUAGAGAAAUAAGAGAAGCUAGUGGAGCUAUGGUAAAUGUAGCUUCAGACCUAUUACCAAAUUCUACUGAAAGAACAGUGAGUAUUAGUGGUACUGCAGAAGCUAUCACCGAAGCAAUUCAUCAGAUAUGUAUUGUAAUGUUAGAGACUCCAGGGAGAGGGCCUACAGUUGCUUACAGACCAUUUGUGACACAACCAGGACCUGUAGUACUUUGUGGAGGCCAAGCCUAUACUCUUCAAGGAUCACUAGCAAUCCCAGCAGUUGGUGAUCAAACAGCUUCAAGUACAGCAUUAAAUACAAUUGCUAGUAUUGCCCCAAAUUUAAUUGCUGGUUCUGGAUUAGAUCCAUCAGUGCUUGCUGCAUUAGCAGGUAGUCAGUUACGAGGAGGUGGUGUCAGUUCUAAAACUUCACAACAGCAUAUUACACAUGAGAUGGCUAUACCCAAUGAUAUAAUUGGAUGUAUCAUAGGUAAAGGAGGAACAAAAAUCGCCGAAAUUAGAAGAAUAAGUGGAGCCAUGAUAAGAAUAUCAAAUACUGAAGAACAUGAAGCAUCUGGAAAAAUGGAGAGAGCUAUAACAAUAAGUGGACAAGCUGAAGCUGUUAAUGUGGCUAAAACAUUGAUUAAUUUAAGUGUUGAUCAGUAUAAUAAAUCAUCUGGAGAAUCAGUGGAUUAUGAUGAAGAAUUUUCAUCUAAUUUUACAGCAGAUGCAAAAACAACGACUGAAACUUUGGCAACAUUAUUGUCAAAUCCAAAUGGUUUAGGAGCUUUGGGAGCAUUGACUGGACUCAAAGAACUAUUAGGAAGUAUCAACAAUAAAAAACAAAUGAAUAAGAAAAGAGAUAAAAGUGAUAAAUUUUCACCUUAUUGAACUAAACGCAUGACAUAUCAUUGUUAUCUGAUUUAGCAACAAUAUUUUAAACUCUUUGUAUUGAUUCCACAUGUAUUAUAUUUUUUAAGAUCACUGUAAAACUAAAUAAAAAUAAUUGAAAAUAUAGUUCCAAAACAAGUCUUUUUGGUAACGAAUAAUUGAAAUAUUUUAUUGAUAUUAUCAUUUUAAAGUGAGUUAUGAACAUUUUAAAGUUGUUAUAAUUUACAUAGCUGUAACUCACUUAAAAAUAUUAAUAUCAUUAAAAGCAUAUGUCAUUGUCUAAAUAAUAUUCUUAACUUUAAAUUUGAUAAUAGGUAAAUUUAUUCUAAUAUUAAAGUUAAUGUCAUAAAAUGUAUUCUGCUGAACGAAAAUUUGUUAUGAUGUAUGUUAGUUAGACAGAGACAACACAUGCGGGUAUGAUGGGCUCUUAAGUUAUCAUUUAUUGUACAUAUUAUGGAUUUCAGAUUCUGAGUGAAUCAAUGUCAUUAUAAAUGUAUUAGUUUUACAA